GGAACUGUGGCUUGCUUAACCCAGAUGAACACCACGAAGAUUGCCUUCCACGCUGUCUUACUUGCGGAUCCGAUGACCAUCCCACCAUCGACCUGAGUUGCCCAGCUCGUCAGAGGAGACUCGGGCCCCGAUCAGGAAAAGAGGGCGCCAGCGCCCAAAGAAACCCGAUACGACUCCACCGAGGCGGAGUACCGAGGUAUCAGCGACAAACCGACAAGCUGACGACAUUCCUAAGAAUGCCUGCAGCCAAGAACCUCACAGCACCGCCCGACCCAAGGCACCGAAAAUAUCAUACCACGAAAAGAAAACCAAACAAGCACAUGUUCAACCCCGAGUACCUCCUGCCAUACGGACACCUGCGACACCACUCAUGAACCACCCGCCACGCCCUCCUGUGCAGUGCGGCACGAGAAGCGACGCCACGUGGCCGGCACUCCCGCAGCGAUUGGCCACCCGUGCGCCUGGCUCGGCGGCAAGAGCGGGUCUGAAGAUUUUAUCUGGUUUGGCAACCGAAGGGCAGCUCGAUCCAGGCCCACAGCUGCAGCAACGUCAGGAUCCCCUGGCCGACAUUGGGCAAGACACGUCAUCAUCUCCGAACAUCUUCAGCCGUAAGACCAACCAUCUCAGCGGGAUGAGCGAUGCUUUCAGUAGCGAAGAAGACAACGACUACUGUAACGAGGCCAUGGUGGUGAUGCAGUGCGUUCAGCUCCAUCUGGGUGGCACGCCACAGUCAGUGCUACCCAUGGGCACCCUCGUCACCGCCCUCUACCGGCACAGGGACUGGAUCUGCGUGCAGACGCCACAUGGCCUGCGUGGAUUCGUGCGGCACGGCAGCUGUGCCCCACUAGGCACGUUGCUCGCCCCGAACACUGGUCGCCGCACGAGACAGUCUUCGGCCACUAGUAGAGACUUGACGCUGCGCCGGAAUAUUGUCCGCCACGGCAGCCACAAUGCGCCACGCGUCGCUGACAAGUUGUCUCCUGAGACGAAUAUCGGCACAUUCGUCUGGGCCAGCGACCAGUCCAGCGAUCAGUCCCGCUCUAUUACACCGCACGCCUUCAGUGCCGCAGAUACUAGCAGUGUUGGCUGACAAUAAAAAUGCAGCGAUCGUAGUCGCACUAUGCUCCAAACCGGCUCCUGAGUACCCUUCCGCCGUGCCAAUUCGUUUAAGGUGGCAGUCUCGAGAACUAUAGGGACAUGUGGCAUUAGAAAGUUCCCUUUCGGCGCUUUCAAAUGGCACCUAGUGUAUCGCCCAGCGGCAAGCGCUACUCGGUGGCAAUUAAGAAAAAAACGGCGUUUCUGCUGCACUACCCUCCGGGUUUCAAUCAUUACGGCAAAAAUAGGUAGCCGAAUGAAAGGUGGGCUGCUGCGCACUUAUGGA